AUUCGUAUUUUAUACACGGAGAUAAAGGGAGAGAGAGAGAAAUACACAGCAAAAAUUGCUGUAGUGGUGUAGUAAAAAUCAUAGCUGACGUCAUUAAAGUGUUUAAAUCCUAUUUUAUUAUCCGGACAUCUAAAAUAUAUGAGACCCAGUUGUUGCACACGUAAACUGUUUUCAAUAAAUACACCUGAAAAUCACAAAGCUGAUAAAAAAGAUGAUGAUAAUGUGAUAGAAUCUGCUGAUGAUCAGAAUGAAAAAAUACUACCUGUUGAUGAAAUUAUACAGGAUAAAAGUGAUGACAAAGCUGAUGAAGAUGAUGAUGUAAUAGUAUCUGCUGAUGAUCAGAAUGAAAAAAUAUUACCUGUGAAUGGAAUUAUACAGAGGGAAAUUAAAGAAGUCCAACCGGGUUUUGGUACAACUGGUAAAACUAUUUUAAUGAUGGUAAUUGAUGAUAAAGAAACAGAUCAACAUAUAGAAGCACAUGGACGUUAUAUUCGUGAUGGUAUACUUCGACAAAAUAAUGAGAUUAAGAUGCUAAAGAACAGAAUGGAGCAACUUGAAAAAUUAGAUACGAAUUUGAAAAAAAAAAAAUAAAAGUUCAAAAGUAAAACUUAAUCAUUUAAAUAGCGUUCAAAAACGUAACGGUCGAAAAGAAAAUCUAUUUGAAAAUAUUUUAAAAAAUCCAAAUCUUUUCACACUUUUAUCAAGAAAAAAAAAAGUCAACACUUGCAUGGUCACCAGAAUGCUUUAAAUUAUCAACACAAAUCAGAUUUGCAG